GUUUACAUAAAUGCCUCCAUAGCUUCACAAAUUAAAGCGCUAAAACUGUUCCACUCACUAUUUCCCCUCGCUGCUUCACUCUCACAGUAGAGAGAUAAAUGGCUUCUACUUCUACAGCUUACAUGGCUACCACUACUACUUUCACUUCUAAUCUUCAUAAUCAAAUCAAACAAAACCCCUUUUUUCCAAAUAAUUAUAAAAAUUUAUUCCACCCCUUUACUCCUAGAAAAAAUCUCAAGAACCCAAACUUGUUUAAGUUUCCUAAAAUGACUCUCUCAAAUGACUAUGUUGGAAUAGGAAGUUUCAACCCCACAAGAACAAAUUACAAUACUUCCAAGUUUUACAAAAGGAUGGAUUCUUGUUUGGUAAUUCCUCCACCAAAGGGUAAAAAACCCAAAGCUAUAAUCAAAUUUGUGGGUGGUGCUUUUAUUGGAGCUGUUCCUGAAGUUUCUUACAGUUAUUUACUGGAGAAUUUGGCGAGAGAAGGGUAUCUGAUAAUUUGUGUGCCAUACAAUGUGACAUUUGAUCAUGCCCAAGUGGCAAGACAGGUAUUUGAGAGAUUUCAUGCUUGUUUCGACUCAAUUUUAGCAUCAGGAUUGCCUGAUGCUGGCCUUUUUGCUGCUGAGAUUGUUGAUUUGCCACUCUACUCGGUUGGCCACAGUAAUGGUGCUCUUAUUCAAGCGCUCGUAGGAAGUUAUUUUUGUGAGAAGAUACCAAAGGCUAAUGUUAUAAUAUCAUACAACAAUAGGCCAGCGUCAGAAGCAGUGCCAUAUUUUGAGCAGUUGGGUCUUCUUGUUGGCCAGAUGGUGCCUGUUGUAUCUCCAGUGUAUUCAAUGGCUCAAACGGCUUCAGGAGAUGCGUUGAGGGUGUUACUUGAUACAGCUGGAACAGUCAUCCCUGACUAUGAUCCAGAAACAGUUGUUUCAUUGACUAAAUUUGCCGAUCAAUUGCCUUCGGUAUUUGGUGAGCUUUCUCAAGGGAUAUCAGAGUUCAAGCCAAGACCCUCUGAAAAUCUUGAGUGUUUCAAAAAUGCAUACAAUGUCAAGCGUACACUGCUGGUGAAGUUUGACCUUGACUCAAUUGAUGAGACAGAUCGGCUUGAAGAGGCAUUAAAGCCUCGCGUAGAAUCUUAUGGUGGAAAAGUUGAGAAAAUCGCAUUAACGGGUAACCACAUCACACCAUGUGUACAGGAACCAAAAUGGAAAGUAGGAGCUGUAUACACUCCAGCAGACGCUGUUGCUCAAGUUGUUAAGACUAUUUCGUUAAAUGACACUAAGGGCCUAUGUACAACCAUUGUCAAUUGGUUCAGUUGUCUUGAGGAGUAAUCUUUGGCCACUUCAGCUGAAAUCCUAAAUUGUUUUGAAAUGUUGCUACCUGUAUAAACAUGGAAUUCUCUCAUGCACAAUGUAUAGCUCGACAAUGCAGAAAACUACACAUAUAUCAUCACAGUAGCAUCAAAAUAGUACAGUUAAACCUCGUCGCCCUCCCUUUGGAAAAGGCAAAAGAAAAGUGAUCUCCAUACAACAUCGAAAAUGUUUACCAGUAGUUUAUCUUUAAAUCUCUUGAUCAUAUAUGAAAAUACUUUUAUUAUUAUUAA